AUGAAACUCAGUCAGUCAUCGUCGACAGUGAGUGUUGAAAUGGCGCAGAAAGGAGUUCAGCUGGACCGUGAAUCUUUCUCUUGUUCCAUCUGUUUGGAUCUACUGAAGGAUCCGGUGACUGUUUCCUGUGGACACAGUUUCUGCAUGAUCUGUAUUCAAACCUACUGGGAUAAAGAGGAUGAGAAGAAGAUCUACAGCUGUCCUCAGUGCAGACAGGCCUUCACACCGAGGCCAGUCCUGAUGAAAAACACCAUGUUAGCAGGUUUAAUGGAGGAACUGAAGAAGAGCAGACUUCAAGCUGCUCCUGAUGAUCCCUCUGAUGCUGGACCUGAAGAUGUGGCCUGUGAUUUCUGCAGUGGGAAAAAACUGAAAGCUGUCAAGUCCUGUCUGCAAUGUCUGGCUUCUUACUGCCAGAUUCACCUCCAGCCUCAUUAUGAAUCACCUACAUUUAAGAAACACAAGCUGGUGGAGCCCUCCAAGAAUCUCCAGGAGAACGUCUGCUCUCGUCAUGAUGAGGUGAUGAAGAUCUUCUGUCGCACUGACCAGCAGUCUAUCUGUUCCCUCUGCUGUUGGGACCAACACAAAGGCCACGACACAGUCCCAGCUGCAGCAGAAAGGACUGAGAGGCAGAAAGAUCUGGAGGAGAGUCGAGAAAACAUCCAGCAGAGAAUCCAGGACAGAGAAGAAGAUGUGAAGCUGCUCCAACAGGAGGUGGAGGCUAUCAACGGCUCUGCUGAUAAAGCUGUGGAGCACAGCCAGGAUAUCUUCAGCCAGCUGAUCCGUCUCAUGGAGAAACAUCACUCUGAAGUGGAGCAGCAGGUCAGAUCCCAGCAGAAACGUGAAGUGAGUCGAGUCAAAGAGCUUCAGGAGAAGCUGCAGCAGGAGAUCACUGAGCUGAAGAGGUUUGAUGCUGAUCUGCUGAAGCUCUCACUCACAGAGGACCACAACCAGUUUCUGCUCAGCUACCCCUCACUGUCAGGACCGGGUCAACCUGCAGACUCAUCCAGGAUCAACAUCCGUCCUCUGAGAUACUUUGAGGAGGUGACAGCAGCUGUGUCAGUGGUCAGAGAUAAACUCCAGGAUCUUCUGACAGAGACAUUGACAAACAUCUCACAGGCAGUGACUGAAGUGGAUGUUUUACUGUCAGAACCACCAGAACCAGAACCCAAGACCAGAGCUGGUUUCUUAAGAUAUUCACAAAGAAUCACACUGGAUCCAAACACAGCACAAAGACAUUUGUUAUUAUCUGAUGGAAACAGAAGAGCAACAUAUACAAAACAAAAACAGUCUUAUCCUGAUCAUCCAGACAGAUUCACUGAUUUUCUUCAGGUCCUGAGUAGAGAGAGUCUGACUGGACGUUGUUACUGGGAGGUGGAGCGGAGAGGGGACAAGGUUUGGAUAGCAGUCUCAUACAAGACUAUCGGGAGAGAAGGGGACUCACAUGAUUGUUUAUUUGGAAACAAUGACAAAUCUUGGAGAUUAGACUGUUAUAAAGACAGGUAUGAAUUUAGGCACAACAAAGUCAUCACUCGUGUCUCAGGUCCUUGGUCCUCCAGAGUAGGAGUGUACCUGGAUCACAAAGCGGGUAUUCUGUCCUUCUACAGCGUCUCUGAAACCAUGACUCUCCUCCACAGAGUCCAGACCACAUUCACUGAGCCACUACAUGCUGGACUGACAUUAUUAUGGUCUAAUGGAGACUCUGCUGAGUUUAUUGAAGUAAAAUAA